AUGAAUUCAACCAUCAGAGAGUCUCUCUAUUCUUCAAAAUUAGAUAAAAAUGAAAAAGUAAAUAAUCAAGAGGUGGCAGUAGUAGCAGGUGCUAGUGAUGAUAACGGUGAAAUUGUGAACAGUUACAAAAAAGACAUUGUGCCACUCCGUCAAUUUUUACGUUACAGUAUUCAUCCUUCCGAUAGACGCAGCUUUAAGCGACAUCGCAUUACUCGACCUUUUAAAGACAUUUAUGAAAUUGAAUGGGAAAAAAACCAAUGGUUACAAUUAGAUAGAUCAACUAAUAGACAGAUUGAACGCUUACAGCGUAAAGGGUUUACAAAAAUUCCUAUCCGAAAGGAUACAUUCCUUAAAAGAUAUAUUAUGUACGACAAUCCAAAUGAUAUUGACGUGUUACUCGAAUUAUCCAUUCACCCCACAAAAGUAAAUCAUACUCAUCUAGCAAAUACUCCACCAGAACCUAUCACUUGUCACCAGCCUAGACAUUUUUCUGUUCGCCGUGUUCGCUGGUGGAAGACCUCUUAUGAAAUUGGUGAAGCUUAUUUACCAGAUUGGGUGGAUUCAGACUUAUGUUGUGAAGCAGUUUUAAUGGAUGCUCAGUCAGUACUAGCUGCUAUGACUACCAAUAGUAAAUCUCCGUCUUCUUCAUUACGACAAUCUAAAUUACCAGAUACGCCUGUUAGUUCCAAUAAAUCAUCUUUUUCUCAAUUAUAUCAGAAUGAUGAUUCAUGGCCAUAUAAGUCACUAAAAUAUUCUGAUCCACCAUUUCUUUCAGAUGGACCUACUAUUACUGUAGCAUAA